UCAUUUUAUUAUAUAAAGUCAUUCCUCUAUUAACUAUUACUAUAACACAUGUAGGUCCUUUGUUCCUAAUUUAUCAGUUAAUAAAUAAUAUCAUCUGAACAAUUUAUAGUUUAUUUGUAUUUAUUGAUGAAUAAUAGUUUGGUCCCAGAAAAAAAAAAAACCUAGUCGGCCUUUUAGUGUUUUUUGAAGUUAGUGGCGAAAUUGGUGGCAGAAUAGCUUAAAAAUAAUAGACCACAAAAAUAACUAGUCGGUAGUUUUAGAAAAUUAAUCUAAUUAAAACGAAAAAAAAUACUUAGCUUGAUAAUUAUAUAUGUUUAUUUAGGUCAAACCCAAUAUCAUGUAGAUAUGUUUGAACAUCAAAAACUAAAAACAUACAAUUUUUAACUUGGUAUAUAUGACUUGUAUUAUUCAUUAACUUAAAAAGAUUAAAAUAUAUUACAAACAAAUCUGAGUGUUUGUUAUAUAUUAUCAUUGUCCACUUCUCUCUCUCAUACUUAAUUUUGGUAUAAGAAGAAAGAGGGAAACAUAGUUUGAGUCUUUAUUUGGGAUAUUUACAUUUUAAAAAAAACCCUCCCAACAACCAUGGCCUCGCUUCCGGUGAAGCCUCUACCUUCCGGCCACUUACAGCUUCUUCACCGGAAUCUCGUUACUCCCCCGUCGAUGAUAUCCGCCGGUUUCAAAAGGCAUCAUAUCUUAGGAGUCCCUUCUUAUCUACGUAUUGAUGAAUCUGUGAAGCAUAUGAGAAGCCUUAGGUCGUUGAACAAUCGUCGGCGGGUAAGCAAAAGCGCCGGCGUGUCUAUGUCGGUGGCUUCGGCUGAGGAUUUGCCUGCGGUUUCUUGGGAAUCUUGGAAGCCCGACAAGAAUACCUUAGCUCCGUCGCUAAGUGACGUCAUUUGGCCUGCAGCAGGAGCGUUUGCGGCAAUGGCCAUAAUGGGAAGACUAGAUCAAAUGUUAAACCCUAAAGGGAUCUCCAUGUCGGUUGCACCACUUGGUGCCGUCUCUGCCAUACUCUUCACCACCCCUUCUGCUCCUUCUGCUCGGAAAUACAAUAUGUUCAUGGCUCAAAUAGGUUGUGCAGCCAUUGGGGUGUUGGCGUUCUCCGUCUUUGGGCCAGGCUGGCUUGCCCGCAGCACAGCUCUCGCAGCUUCCAUCGCGUUCAUGGUCAUCGCUCGUGCCAAUCAUCCUCCAGCGGCGAGUUUACCACUAAUGUUCAUAGAUGGAGCAAAGUUACAUAAGUUGAACUUUUGGUACGCAUUAUUCCCAGGUGCAGCCGCUUGUAUCCUCCUCUGCUUCCUCCAAGAGAUAGUGUGUUAUUUGAAGGAAAACUUAAAAUUUUGAAAAAUGGAAAAGAGGGACACAUGUUUAUAUAUAUUGGUGGAGGAGAGAUCCUGCAUGUGAAGAUUUUUGGUUCAUGUUUAGACGUUUACGGUAGAUGGUCGACGUAUAUUCAUACCCGGCCGUAUAUAAAUGAAUAUAUAAACAAAUUUAUUUAUAUACAUACACAUAUAUACGUUUCUACGAAACUUGUAAG